AUGACGGCGGAAGGUGCAAUUCACGAUCGCGUGUCCGAGCUAUUGGGCGCGGGCAACGGCCCUCAGAGCAAUGGAAGCAGUCACGAUGAUUCACGCGCAACAUCGCCUGGCGCUGUGGCUCGCAGCGAUGGAGAAAGCGACGCUGAGCGCCUGGGGCGGACACGGGCACGAGUGUUUCCUUACCAGAGAUACCUGCCCUACGAGACGGAAUCAUUGGAACAGCGAGAACAGGACAUGGACGAAAUGAUCAAGCAUCUCUAUGUUUCCAUUGCUGCAGGCGACUUCAUACCAGGCGCCGUGCACUGGACCAAGGAGAUUCGUGGCUGUAUGGCUCUCAAGUUCGACCUCACAAGAAAGCAACGCAUAUCCUUGGUGAAGCUUUAUUAUGAGCUCGCCCUUGCCCCGGGCUUGGAGUACGCGGCACAGGAGCGUUUCGCCAGCAUGUUCAUGGUCCUCACCAAGCGAAAGCACUACCUACGACCUGUCAAGGACCUCAUUCUGGACUGGCGGCCUCUUUACAAGGAGAUUAAAGCGUUUGUCCUGCCUUCGGAAAGCAGCACACAAAACCCCAACGUCAGCAAGAGAAACAUUCGCACACUCACAAAGUUGUGUACCUUUGCGCAGCUCUUCUUCGACCCGGCGGAGACACCGGCCAUGCUGGAGGAGUUCUUGCCGUUCUACAGCAUGUCCUUUGCAGAGCACGCGUUUGUKGUGGUCGGACUAUUCAAUCUGAUGUUACCCACCACUCCGGCCCCAGAGGGUGACGUGAGCCUCAUGCCACAGCACUACCUCCCGACGUUCUUUCAUCUCUGGUCGACGGUCAACAGAUCCGCGAUGAUGGAUGCGCGUUUUCUCGACAUCCUCUCCCGUUUGGCUAGAGACUGUCUUGGGGCACACCAAGUACCGUUUGGUGCGUGUGGUAUCUACACAGAGGAGCAGUCAUCGUUGAUAUUCACGGCUGUGCUGAGAUUGCUUGAAAUUCCCGUUGGACAAGCCACGACGCCGUACAGUGCACACGUCGAUGUCGCCGUCGGCACAGGCUUGUAUCUGGAGAGAGAUCCACGAAAGCAUCCGCAUUCGCAUUUCAUCGCGAGGUGGAUAGUCAUGUCUCUUUCGCCGCACUGCCUGGAGGUCAACAACCUAAAAUCCACAUUACACCAGCUUGAAGGGCUGAUACAGGGCAUCGAGACAUUCUUCCAUCCUUCGAAUUCUGGAUCAUGGACCAAGUCUCUAUCGCAACUGGUAUAUUACCUCGCCGACUUCUUCGUCAUGCGCUGGAACCGCGAGCAAAGUGGCGAGUACGAUAUUCCGGAGGAUCGCAAGCUGACGCCCGAAGUCAAGCGCCGAUUUGUGCUUUGCCUGAGAGACGUGGUGUUCAUGGGAAUAUAUGCGAAGAGUGGGACGGCAAUGAACUACAGUCUUAGCACCCUUCAGAGCCUCGCAUACCUCGAGCCGACGCUCAUUCUUCCAGGCGCAUUGCAGCGCAUCUACCCGGCCAUGCAGGGUCUGGUUGAAGUACAUCGAACCGUGUCCUCCAUUCGGGCAUUGCAGAUGCUAAGUCGAGUCAUGUCCAAAACGCCUGGAUUUCGGUGUCAUUUGACAACAUUGUUGGGACUCGCCCUACCUGGUGUGGAUGCCAAUGAUCUGGACAAGACCAUGCAUAGUCUUGCCUUCAUCCAAUCAGUGUGCUACAAUAUUCCUCUACACGAUCUCACAAAGCAGCGCAAGGUUGAGCAUGGCGAGCUCAACGGAGACCAGGAGAUGUCUGACACUGGUGGGGAUUUCGCUGCGCAGGAAGGAGGCACCGGACCCGCUGUUGAAUGGAUAACAAAUCAAGUCGCGCGUUUCGAACAGGAAGGCCCCGGCAUCGAGAUCGAUUAUGCGUCCGAAUUGGACGCUGAAGACGAAGCAAUGCUCCUCAAAUCGUCCACGGCUGGUUUCGCGGAGUUCCUCAUCAGUUUCCUUGGACGCGUUUUCACCUUGCUACAGAACUUGCCUGAUCCAGCGAGGGUUAAGAGCGGCGGGCCCGAGGAAAAUGUAGUCAACACAUUGCCGGCCGCAUUCGGUCCUCUGCUUGCCAGUUUGAGUCCCGAGCUCUACGACGUUGCGUUGGAGCAAAUCGCCCGAUUUGUAUCAAAUCAUGUCGUACACCAAGCGCGAGAUGCCAUGGCCUUCAUCUGUAAUGCUCUGGUCAAGAUCUCACCCAAGAAGGCGCUCCACCGUCUACUGCCGGGCUUAAUAGCUAGCAUCCGGACCGAGAUCACCGAGGUUGGCGCUGGUUCGACCCGUACAAUGGGCAGUGAGAUUCUUCCCAGAGAUAGGGCGUUGAUUUGGCAUGUCUCUCUGCUAAGCAUGUGUGUGGUGCACGUGGGAAGGGACGUGCUCGACUUCCAGGACGAGCUUUUCGACAUUGCAGCUUUCAUGCAGGACAACUGUAUUGGAAUUCCCCUGGUGCACGUAUCGAACUUUGUUCAUCACCUGCUGCUCAACCUGACAGUAACCUACACGGUCGACUACUCUCUGUAUAACCAGGCAGACCUCGAGAAAUGUCUGACGGAGAACAGCUGGGGUUGGAAUGCGGACCCAUCAACUUUGGACAUCAAGUGGCAUGUACCUGUCCAAGAAGAGAUUGAUUUCGCUGUUCGAUUGUUUGAAGCGCAAUGCGGACGUGCGCUGAAGGCUUUGAACGACCUGGUUUCGGACACUGCGCCUGUGAAGCGCGACGGGGUCGGUAAAGACUGGUCUGAUGAUGUUUCGAGUAACCUCGUGCUGCUGCGCUUGGUCAUCUCGGGGAUGUCUCGCCUCUUCCGCUCGGACGACAGCACCGUCACGCCUUAUGUGUUUACUGAUUCCAGUGCCGCAGGCAGCAAAGUCGCUUCUAUCCACGCUGGCGAUCUUGAGCUAGACGAGUUGCUCGACGAUAGCGGGCUUGAUCUCGUUGAGCCCGAAGAGGAGAAAGUCAAGCGUACAUUCCGAUACCCGACAGGCUACCCAUUGGAAGUUGGAAGCACCCAGUAUCAGUCGAUUCAUCAGCUGCGAAAGACAGCAGGAGAGACGCUCCACAAGGUGCACGCUUUCCUCGUCAAGAACCAAGAGGAUGAUGUGCCUUGUUUCAAUUCGCUUUACACUGCAUAUCGCUCAUGGUUUGUUGACGUUGGCAUAGAACGCUCCGCGCAUGUCCUCGAUAGACUUACCCGCUUACUGGGUGCCGACAUCCAUCCUUUCAAGUUUUCUGGAACGAGAAAGCAGUACCCACGACCGCUGCUUGUGAGGAGAGCAAAUCUUUAUCACUUUCAACGCCUGCGAUACAAUGAACACACCAGAGCCGCUUCAGAUCUCGACAAAUUGCUCAUUCUUGAUCUUGCACAUUCGAGCACGUCAGUGUACACGGACAUUCGACGCACAGCGCAGUCGGCAGGCGAGCAGGCAAUGAAGAGUAUCAUUGGUGCCAAGCCUCUGAUAAUCCCGACCCUCCUUGAUGCCAUGGAGGAUGCCCUGAAAAAGGGCGAGCAUCCGAGAAUUAAAGGCGCUGUCUUCUCGCUUCUGUUCGGCAGUCUUGCAAAGCCGAUAGGAAGGAAUUGGAAAUACGCCCCGCGCAUGAUCAAAUUGUACAUUCAAGCAUCGGAAACUGACCGGCCGAGCAUACAAAAAUUGGUGGCUCAAUGUAGCUUCACCAUCCAGGACAUGGUCAAAGCAAACGACACCAUGGUCAUUCUCGACGAAGCAACGCUGGAAGACGCUUGGCCUGAAGAUUGUGUGGCCGUCUCGAGAACCAUCGCGUCCACCAGGGAGGACGCCAAGGCUCUCGUCCCCAAGAAGAAAGCGGGCAUCGUCAAGAGACGUGGUGUGGUGGAGCAGCGCAAGGCUGAACUGGCGGCCGAGCUCAUCCAGAGUGUUAACAACAGUCACUGGAAAAAGGCGAGCCGGACUGCUGUUAUGGCCAUCGGUCUCGACUACCGCUUUGCGACCAUUUCGUCCGACAGCAUGCUGGAUCUCAUAGUGAAGGGAGUCAUCGACCAGCAUCCACAGCUCCGGACGCUAUACGCGUCCGCGCUGAAUGCGAUUUUUAAUUUGACGCAGACGAGAGCACUGGUUGGGCACAAGUACGAGAAUUACGUGCUUGAUGAUCAGAACGACCCCGACGCAGUUUCGGUCCCAACGGCUCCUGAAGAUGAGACCUGGACUCAACGCUAUCUUGAGUCAUUUGCGAAGCCCGAGGCAGAAGCAUACAUCGACAGCGACUAUCCUGGCUGGUUGGUCUGGCAAAAGACAAUGCGCGGAUUCCGAACUGGUCCAAGUCGAUUAGAGUAUGAUGACGUUGAGAAGGCUGCCCGCCGUAAGAUGGGACAGCAUAUCGAUCGCAACUGGCUUUCGACAUAUUUUGGCUACAUGAAGCAAGAGCCCCGUGACGGCGCCGAUAAAUUCCGCAUCUCCAGCUCCAUGAUUGUCGCAUAUGCGAUGGAUCUCAUGGCCGAUGGUCUCACCCAAGUGACAUUCGAAGACUUCAAGGAUCUCACAAAAGCGGUGUAUGGUAACGGCUCCGACAAGCAUCAGCACCGGGCACUGUCCGAAAUACUGGGAGCUAUGCUUUCGAGUUCGGAAGACUUUGCGCCAGAAUUGAGGACUGCCAUCUGGGACUUUGCAUUCCCCAUCGUUCGUCGAGUGUUCAGUGAUGGCUUGACGCCGGAGAACCAGUCCUAUUGGACAUCAUUCGUUGCCAUCAUUGUCAGCGGCAAGGAUCCACGCCRAGCCUGGCCUUUGAUCGACUGGUUGGCGGGCUUUCGCCUCGACAUGCAAUCAAGUGCGGCCUUCAAAGAAAGUUCAAAGAUCACACUUUUGCAGCAGACUGUCACCGCGGUCGGCUGGCACUUCCAGCUUGAUCGCCCAAUAGUACAGGACAUGUUGGAGCACCUCGACCACCCGUACAAGAGCGUUAGAGAAGUAAUGGGUAACACCCUUGCCACCAUCUUCCGGACGAGAUACCACGAGUCGUACAAAGACGUCCCCACUCUGCUGGAUGCGCAAAGAGCGGCGUCAUCGAUUGGCACCCGACCCUAUCAACCGACCGAGGAGUUUUCUGGCAUUAUGAAGAAUGUCCUCGAGCGUCUUGAACAGUGGCGCCUCCAACGUCCCGCUGGUACCCAAACACCCACUGCGUACACGCAAGGGAGCAAGACGGUUCUUCUUUGGCUAGAGGGUACUCUCAACAACUACGACUGUACCUCUCUCGUACCAUUCUUCCCAGGUCCUUUCAUGGAAGAGCUACUCCACAUGAUGGACAUCAAAGAAGACCCUGAACUGCAAGCACUCGCUUACCUCGUCUUCCGCCACUUGCCCAACAUCCCGCACCGCGCCGGCGAAGACAAAGCUUUCGUUGCUUCCCUGGUCAAGAUUGGACGGCAAGCACACUCAUGGCAUCAGCGGCUCCGAGUCCUUAUCAACAUCCAGGUCAUCUAUUUCCGUAGUCUCUUCCUGCUGCCGGAACAGCAGGCCGAGGAUCUUUUCAAGUGCGUGCGCGAGAUGCUUCACGAUGCGCAGCUUGAGGUGCGGGUGGGCGCUGCUCUCACGCUUAGUGGCAUGGUGCGAUGCUCGCCCGUCGACUUCCGCAAUAAGAAGGUGGAAGAUCUGAGGAAGCACUUUGCCAACAUGCUCAUCAAAAACCCGCUGCCCAAGCGUAAUAGAGACGGCCCAAAGGAAGACAGCACCAACGCUGCAGCCCAGGAACAGAACAAAUUGGUGCUUACGCGUCACGCCGCCGUACUUGGCCUGGGUGCGCUCGUACAGGCGUUCCCAUACACCUCUCCACCGCCGAGGUGGCUGCCUGAAGUACUCGCAACCCUGGCAGGACGGGCUGCAAGUGACCCCGGGAUGGUGGGCAAGAGCGUCAAGACUGUGCUGAGUGACUUCAAGAAGACGAGGCAGGAUACCUGGCAUGCUUUCACUCUGGAGCAGCUCGAGGACCUAGAAGGCGUGUUGUGGAAGAGCUACUUUGCGUAG